CGUCAGUUUAUAUUCGAUUAGUUCGUCCUCAGGAAGCGCAAUGAGCAGAGUUUUUGUACAAAGUUGACAAUUAUUUGUUUUUUUUUUGAAUAAGCAAAUUUUUAUUUAUCCAACCUCUGUCGUUAAAAAAAUUUUUAUUUCUAAGGUAAAAUAUAAUUAUGGACGGAUGAAAUAAAAAUAAAGAUAUUUUUAUUCAAGGAGAAAAGAAUCAAACGAAAUUAUAAAGAUCGUUUCUAACUAUUCCUUUGAAAAGAUACGUAACAUCGAAAUUUUAAAAAAGUAUAAAUAUAGUGUUUGUAUUUAUCACGAGUGAGAAAAAAAGUGAAUUUCAUAUAGUAAUUGAAUAUUAAUAAAAAACAAAGAUGUGGAAUGGGUAUUUUGAAUGGUUACCAAUAGAUUAUUAUUACUAUCCUCAACAAGAAAUGUACGAAAAUUAUUAUUCAAAUUGUAUCGAUCCUACAUAUGAAAAUUUCCAAAAUCCGCAAUAUAAUUAUCAAUCAUCAGUAUAUGAUACAAAUUUUGACUUAAACAAAGAUUUAAAUCAGUUUAUAAAUAAUGGAAUGGAACCUAUUAUCGAAACGUAUUCCGGAAAUAUUGAAAACAGGAAGCAAUAUGAACAUGAGCAACUUAUAUUGAAUGAACUAUGGCAGGGCAAUUAUAUACAAACUCAUAAAGGUGAUCCACUACUUCAUUGGACCAUAAUGCAAGGUCUUGCAGAGUCUGCGUGUGCCAUGAUAAGAACGACAGAACUUGAGCUUUUAAAUGCCUUAAAUAGUGAUGGUCAAUCACCUUUACACUUGGCUGUAUUGGCAAAGCAACCGAGGAUUAUUAGAGAAUUAAUUCUGGCAGGUGCAAAUCCAGAAAUGACAAAUUAUCGUGGAAACACACCGCUUCAUUUGUCAUGUUCGAUCGGCGAUUUUCAAACGGCACUUGCUCUCGUUAGUCCUUUAAAUUCUAUAGAAUAUUAUUAUCUUCGUCCUGGAAUAAAAAUACCUAACUUACCCCCAAAUCUUGAGAUACGGAAUUAUGAAGGACAAAUGUGUAUACACAUUGCCACUUCAUCGAAUUAUAUAGAGCUUGUACAACUUCUGAUAGAUUGUGGUGCGAAUGUUGAAGCCAGGGAGGGUUUGACAGGAAGGACUGCCCUUCAUCUAGCUGUAGAACGAGGAUAUGAAUCAAUAAUUACGUUUCUUCUUCAAAAAAGCAAGACUUGUUUAAGUACAAAAAACUAUGCUGGAAAGACAGCAUAUCAGUUAGCUCGAAAUUCUAAUAGUCAAUAUACAAAAAUAUUAACAAAGAAACGUUAACGAAUUAUCUUCUGAUUGAGAAUUUGACAAUGAUGAUUUCGCAAUUAAUCAAUAAUCUUAAAAAAAUUAUUAACUUUUGUUGUAUAACUACCAAUUAAUUAAUAUCAAUUAAUAAUCAAUUGUAAAUUAAUAAAUUAAAUUAAUUUUGUUCAUUA